AUGGAGGAGAAUUUGACGAUCGUGACGAAGAAGAUAUUCAAAAUCGUCCGAGUGUUGUACUUCCUGCUCAGGAAAAGCAUUUCAAAGGCAAAAUUGGUCGCCGAUCUCAGCCAAAUGUUGAAGCGCGGGAAAAUCGCCGGGAAGGCGGCGAUACACAGUCUCAAAUUCCACCACCACUACGGCGGCGGCGCCACCACCGUCGGCCGGAGCCGCUUCCACGACCGCCACAUCGCCUUCCCCGGCUAUUCUAAGGAUUACGAGUUCAGCUGCAGCAACAGUCCUGCUAAUGGCGGAGCUUUCCGCCUGAACAAGCGCAAGCAUUCUAAACCUUCCGAUGGAGACCUAAUGGCGGCGGCGCAAUUGAUGGUUAGUAGCUCGGCCGCGGCGGCGUCGCCGGCGCUGCCGGGAUUCGGGGGGAGUCCGGUGGUGAGGCAGUUGAGGAUAACGGACUCGCCGUUUCCGUUACGGGACGGUGAGGAAGACCGUUACGUAGACGAAGCGGCUGAGGAGUUUAUUGCAAAUUUCUAUAAGGAUUUGAGACAGCAGAAUUUCUUAGGUUAUUAUUAA